AGGCGAAGGAGCACUCAGUCGCUGUGAGAGCCAUACACCCCUCACCUGCACACACACAUAACACACAUACACCCACAUACACACUCGCCCCACGCCUUCACCUCCUGCACCGUCCCCCCUUCAUUGCGCACAUCUCCGGUAGUCUGACCGGAUGAGUUACCCGGUGGACGCGGUAGGGAGCCCCUUCAGGAGAGUAAUGGAUACUAGGACCAGCUACGGCUACAGCCGCUCCAGCGGCACCCCCUCCAGCGGCUUUCGCUCCCAGUCCUGGUCCCGGGCAAGCCCCGGCUCCACCAUGACCACGUCCUACAAGAGGAGCGUGAAUAUGCCGGUGACCCGAGCUUACAGCUCAACGGUGCUCAGCUCCGCCGACAGCGUUGAUUAUAGUCAAACCUCCAUCCUGAACGGAGACUACAAGCGAUCUAACGAGAAAGAGCAACUUCAAGGGCUCAACGACCGGUUUGUUGUUUACAUUGACAAGGUGCACUACCUGGAACAGCAGAACAAGCAGAUCGAGGCGGAGAUCCAGGCACUGCGGCAGAAGCAGGUGUCGCGCUCUCAGCUGGGCGACCUCUAUGACCAGGAGCUGCAGGAGCUGCGCUCCAUGCUAGAGCAGAUCCACCACGACAAGGCGCAAAUCCAGCUCGACACCGACCACAUCGAGGAGGACAUCCAGCGGCUCAGGGAGCGUUUUGACGAAGAGGCGCGCAUCCGGGAGGAGACAGAGGCCAUCAUCCGCGUCCUGAAGAAAGACACGAGCGACUCGGAGUUGAUGAAGUCAGAGUUGGAGAAGAAAGUUCAGUCGCUGCAGGAUGAGAUCGCCUUCAUCCGCAACAACCAUGAGGAAGAGGUGAGCGAGCUCAUCGCCCAGAUCCAGGCGUCUCAGGUGACCGUGGAGAGGAAAGACCUCCAGAAGGGAGACAUCACCGAGGCUCUCCGGGAGAUCCGCUGCGAGCUGGAGGGACACUCCAACCAGAACCUGCAGCAGGUGGAAAACUGGUUCAUGUGCCGCUACGCCAAGCUGACCGAGGCUGCGGAGCAGAACAAGGACGCCAUAAAGUCCGCCCGUGAUGAGAUAUCCGACUACCGCCGCCAGCUGCAGUCCAAGACGGUGGAGUUGGAGUCUGUCCGCGGGACAAGAGACUCGCUGGAGAGGCAGCUGAAUGAAAUCGAGGACCGCCACAACAGCGAUCUGUCCAGCCUGCAGGAGACAAUUCACCAGCUGGAUAAUGAGCUCAAGAGCACCAAAUGGGAGAUGGCUCGUCACCUGCGCGAGUACCAGGACCUGCUCAAUGUCAAGAUGGCCUUGGACAUUGAGAUUGCUGCAUACAGGAAACUGCUCGAGGGUGAGGAGACCCACUUUAGCACUUUCCCUUACCGCCAGGCCGUCACCCCCACCAAAAUCUCUAAGUCCAAGAUUGACAGCACCAAACUUAAGGUGCAGCACAAGUUUGUGGAGGAGAUUAUCGAGGAGACGAGGGUAGAGGAUGACAAGUCUGACAUUGACGAGUCCCUGGCAGAGAUAGCGCAAGAGCUGUCAGCCACGCUCGGAGAGGAUGAGGCAGAGGAGGACGAGGGGGAGGAGGGAGGAGAAGAAGCAGAGGGGGAAGAAGGAGAGGGCGAAGGCGAGGAGGAAGUGGUAGCCGCCACCGAAGCCAAAGUUAGCUCUAGCGCACCUGCUGAGGAGGAAGAAGAAGAGGAAGAGGAGGGAAAGGGUGGCGAUGAGGAGGAAGAAGGAGAGGCAGAGGGUGGUGAAGAAGGGGAGAAGGAAGAAGAAGGAGAGGGAGAGGGCGAGGAUGAGGGAGAAAAGGGGGAUGAUGCAGAGGGAGGUGAUGAAGGAGAAGGAGAGGAGGGAGGAGAAGGGGAGGAGGAAGUUGAGGAAACAGUGUUGUGCUCCAAAGCUCCAGAGUCUAAAGCCUCUCCUGACAAAGAGAAGGCUGGAGACAAGGAGGGAAGCGGAGGAGAGGAGGAAGCUGGCGCUGAAGAGGAGGGUGGCGAUCAGGAUGAAGAUGCUGGCAGCGACAAAGCAUCCAAAAGCGGAGAUGAGAAAGACGAAAAAGAGGAUGCAGACAAAGGCAAAAAGGAAGAUGAGAAGGUAAAAGAUGAGAAAGCUGACGACAAAUCAGAAGAAGUUGUAGCCAAGACAGAAGCUCCCAAAACAGAAGCUUCAAAACCCGAAGCCAAGAAAGAAGAGGCCGCCAAACCUGAGGCAUCAAAACCUGACUCUCCAAAAUCUGAAUCCCCAAAGCCUGGAUCUCCCAAGUCUGAAUCACCUAAACCUGGAUCUCCCAAGUCUGAAUCCCCUAAACCUGGAUCUCCCAAGUCUGAAUCCCCUAAACCUGAAUCCCCCAAAUCUGAAUCACCUAAAGUAGGGUCUCCUAAAUCUGAAUCUCCCAAACCUGCAUCUCCCAAAUCUGAGUCCCCCAAAGACGGCUCACCAAAGGCUGGAUCCCCCAAACCAAGCUCCCCUAAAUCCGAAUCCCCAAAAUCCGGAUCUCCAAGAGCUGAAUCCCCAAAGACAGAAACCCCCAAGCCUGAAACCCCUAAAGCCGAUGAAGAGAAACCAGAGAAGAAGAGUCAACCAACAGAUGACAAGAAGGUAGAAAAGAAGGAUGUCGCUAUGAACGGCGAAAUCGACAAGAGCAGCCCGGAGGAGAAGGAGAAGAAGGAUGAGGGGAAAGAAAUCGAUGUGAUUGCUAACGGUGUGGAUGAGAGUCCCGUCAAAGAAGAUGGCAGCCAGAAAGUAGUGAUCACCAAAACCGUGGAGACGAUCACCACCGGAGAGGACGGCUCAAAGCACGUCACCAAGUCCGUCACAGUGACCGAGACCGUGAAGGAAGAGGUGGAGGAGGUGAUGCAGGAGAAGCUGGUCACAACCAAGAAGACGGAGAAGCACUCCACCCAGUCCAUCAAGCAGGUGACAGAGGCCGAGUGAGCAGACUCCACAGCCCGCGGAAGGAAGGCGGACCCAAGGAGAGGACACGAAGACAAAGCAAUCAACUCAGAACUAACAUAACAAAGAAAAAUCAUACAGCUAGAGCGAUGUAAUAAAGAUAACCACUCUAAAAUAUACAAAAACAAAUCAUAGAGAGAAGCCAAAAGUUAAAAUGCUACAAUUUCCAAACUGCAUGUUGAGUGACAGCUUUAAAACGGGCUUCGCUGCAAACGCGGUCAGGAGCAAGAGACAUUUUAUCCUUCUUUUCUUUCUUUUGGCAGUU